AUGGGAUAUCUGCUAGAUUUGACAGUGGACAACAUGAAGUUCUACAACAUCAUCAAUGGCCAGCGCCGUGGGAGCGAUAACCACCACCAAUGCACAGAUCCCCGCACGGAGGAACCGCUCUGGGACGCUCCCCUCGCCACGACGCAAGAUCUCGAGGAAGCCGUUGCGGCCGCACAAAAAGCCCUCAAGACUUGGUCCAAGACCUCCAUCGAAGAGAGAUCUGACUACUUGCGCAAGAUUGUUGACAUUUAUACCACCCACAAGGAUGAGCUGAAAGAAAUCGUCAUGAAAGAAACGGGGAAAUCGUUCACUGAGUUGGCUCGCACAUGCUCACAAUCAACAGCAAAUGUUCACCUCGAAGAUGAAAUUACUUUCGAGGAUGAGAACAUCAAGAUUGUCGCCACUCAUCAGCCACUGGGCAUCGUAGGGGCUAUCUGUCCUUGGAACUUCCCUCUCAUCCUGUCAAACAUUAAAGUGGCAUCUUCGCUCAUCACAGGCAACUGCAUCAUCGUCAAGCCCUCCCCCUUUACUCCGUACUCCGUCAUGAAGUCCAUCGAACUGCUCAUCGACGUCUUCCCUCCCGGUGUCGUACAGGUGGUCAACGGCGGCGUCGACCUGGGUAUCGCAAUGACCCUGCAUCCAGGCAUCGCCAAGAUCAGCUUCACAGGGACCAUUGCAACAGGCAAGAGCGUCAUGGCGAGCUGCGCAAAGACUCUUAAGCGUCUGACCUUGGAGCUGGCGGGUAACGACGCGGCGAUCGUGACGGACGACAUUGAUAUUGCAAAGGUGGCAGGACAGGUCGCGCAAGGAUGCUUCUUCAACGCCGGGCAGAUGUGCGUAGCGACGAAGCGAGUUUACGUCCACGACUCGGUGUAUGAAAAGUUCCUGGAUGCCUUCAAGAGCGCGGUUGCCGAGAAAUACGUCAUCACUAAAGACGCACACGCGCCCAGCUUGUUCGGUCCCGUCUCGAACAAGAUGCAAUACGACGUUGUUAAGGAUAUCUUUGAUCACUACAAGAAGAACGGCUUCAAUAUGAUUGCUGCGGACCAUCCCCAAGACUCCAAAGGCUUCUGGAUACCCCCGACCAUUGUCACAAAGCCUCCCGAUGACUCUAUCUUGGUCAAGGAAGAACAAUUCGGCCCGAUUGUACCCAUACUAUCUUGGACAGAGGAAGACGAGCUGUUCCAGCGGGUGAACCUGGCCAACGCCGGUCUCGGGUCUUCGGUUUACUGCCGUGAUUUAGGCCGUGCCGAGAGCCUUGCCCGGAGGGUGGAGGCGGGAACGGUCGCUAUCAACCUUCCCGAGAUACCGCACCACGGGGGUUACUUCUCCGGCAUGAAGGACAGCGGUCAUGGGGGCGAGAUGGGCAAACACGGCCUUCAUUCGUACUGUUACACGCAAAGUCUGCAGUUUGGCAAAAGUUGA